GUCAAGUAUCUUGCACAGUCAUCUUCAGUCACUCAAAGAUCCGUAGAAGAAAACAAGUAAGCUCCACGGCCACCCUGGUUCUACACAUGUAACAUGAAGAUGAUCGUGAUUCUAUUGGCUGUUCUAGUUUUCCCAUCAUCCCACGCAUUUCCUGAUCACGUGCCAACAACUGUAUGUGAAGAAAUGCAUCCUCAUCAUGAUAGCCACCAGAGCCAGCCCAUAGCAAGCAGUCCGUAUAACAUAACAGUGUCGUCUGCUAACUACACCCCUGGAGCUGAGGUGACUGUUAUCAUCACAGGAUCCAUGUAUUUCAAGGGGUUCAUGGUCCAAGCGAGAAGUGAAGGCAAGCCUGCUAAUCCUGUUGGAUCAUUCCAAGACCCUUUACCACUCUACACGGGGCAUCUUUGGUGCUCAGGGGGGGAGCCCAAGAACACAGUUGGGCAUGAACACAAGGCCAAGGUCAACUUCACUUCAGUCAGUUUGAAAUGGACAGCACCUUCAGUAUCAGCAGGAAACAUAUCCUUCUGGGUCACUGUCGUCCAUAACUUCACGACAUUCUGGGAUAAACAGAAAUCCAGUAUAGUAACGGGUUUAGCUGCUCCAUCCACCACUCAACCUACACUCGAAGGAGAUUUCCAGAUUAGCAAGACAGGUUGUGGUGUUACCAAGAGCUGUUACUCGGAACCUUCAUCUUGCUCCAACAGUCAAGACUGUAUCUUUCUCGUGACGUACAAAGAUAACGGUGACAAUGUUACAUUUGAGAUAAGCUCCAAACUGGGUUACGGUUCUGUAGGAUUCAAUGACAAACAAGCCAUGAAUGGCACGGACAGUAUCACUUGUUCUACAUCAGCUACAAACGUCGUCGAAGUGAGGCAGUACUACUUAGACAAUCACCAACCCAUACGAUACGAUUUGCGUUCCUCUAGUGAUAUCACUCGUCAUCAGGGUGUUUAUGCCAAUGGUAUCGUUAAGUGCAGAUUCUCUCGGAAGAAAGUUCCACAGGGACCCAAAAUGCGUAACCUCAAUAAUAAUUGGUACUUGAUCUUCGCGUGGAGCAAGGUUGGUUCAACAGGCGUUCUUGCUUACCAUUUUCCAAACGCUUCCUACACACCGACCACAGUAGAUGUACAAAAACCUGCCAACUUGACGAACGGUAGACAAACACCGCCCGCUCCUACAUCAUCACCUGGUGAUAAGAUAACCAAGGCUGAUUGCGGCAAAACCAAAGGUUGUUAUUCUGAACCCAGUAGCUGUCAAUCAAGUGAUGAUUGUCAGUAUCUCCUAACAUACAAAGCUGACAAGGACAAAGUCACUUUUGAGAUGAGUUUCAAGGCUGGUUGGGGAGCCAUUGGAUUUAACUCCAAAGGCAAAAUGGAUGGAACCGAUGCUAUCAUCUGUUCCCUGGAGUCUUCACAGGUCAUAGUUGCACACUAUGAUAUCAAAGGAUACGGAGCUCCUAUUAAAAACAUCCAGGGUACUAGUAGUUUGAAAAUCAUCGCAGGGAAGAACAGCGCGGGUGUGGUUCAGUGCAGGUUUUCCAGACCUGUUAAAGAACCUAAUAUGAUGGACCUGAAUAAUAAAGUGUUCCUGAUAUUCGCUAGAGGAUCAGUCGGCAAUGCUGGAGGUUUGAGGAAGCAUUCUCACAAGUCUAACACGUUAAAGACAGUUGACAUCAGCUCUACUGAAGACCUCGAUGUUGGCGGCAAAAACAUGCGUCUUUUACGAGCUCAUGCAAUCCUGAUGUCCCUCGCUUGGCUGGUUUGUGCAUCUCUUGCAAUGUUUAUUGCUCGGUACAUGAAGCCUGUUUGGGGAGAAUUACUGGGUCUGAAGGCCUGGUUCCAGAUUCAUCGUUUGCUGAUGGUUUUCACGCUAUUCUUCACUAUCGUUGGUGUUGUGUUGGUUUUUAUUUACGUUGAAGGCUGGUCUGAGGGUUACAUGCUGCAUUCUAUUAUCGGUAUUCUUGUCCUCCUGCUGACCUGUAUUCAACCUGUCAUGGCCUUCUUUAGACCCGGACCAGUCGCAGACAAUCGCUUCAUCUUUAACUGGGCUCACCGUUCUGUUGGUCUGUCAGCUCUCGUCCUCGCUAUCGUAAAUUGCUUUCUCGGGGUAUUUAUGCCUCACUUUGGAAUAAAAAAUACCGGCGUAUAUCCACUGAUAGUCUACUGUGCUGCCGUCGUCAUGGUGAUAUUAUUUGAACUUGUGUUGCUUCUUCGAAACGACAAAAACUCGUUUGAGGUCAUUAACGAGCCCAAAGCUAAGUUAAAGGAUGGAGAAGUGGAGGUGACGACCAAACAAACAGGCCAAGUAAAUACGAAAGCACCUGCCGAGAAGAAUAUUCUUCUGAAGAAGAUCGUAUUUGGCGUGCUAGUGCUGUUGGUCAGCGGUGCAUGUGUGGCAUUAAUCAUCUUGUUAUGUUACACCACUAGUAACUAACUGAAUCACCCAUGGUUCAUAAUAUGAACAGACGACUAGGGUGUGUGCACGCAUCAUUUUAGACUAACAACCGCUUUUACGAAACUUUUAAGUAUAGUUUUAAUAUAGAUACCCAACCUAGUUCCCAGGGCCUUCUCUUCCCGGUUUUUUUUUUAGAUCAUCUUGAAUCGAGAAGAGAAGGCCCUGGGAACUAGGUUGAUAGAUACCAAGACAACUAAGCGCCGCCAUCUUGUUUGAUGUAACGAAAGAAUAAAAUUAAUACAACUUCUUUAGUUGAAUUCAGCCAAAAUGUAGGGCGGCUAUGAAAACCGUUACUAAAUAAAAAAGGAAUGAAUAGA